AGCGGUGUUUGGUAACUUGUCAAACAUGGGGGCGCGGGUUGCGCGUAUGUUCCGAAAUUUCAACCUAGAAAACCGGGUACACCGAGAACUCUCGAGGGAAAAGCCGCGGGCAGCACCCCGGCACGAGACGCCGCUGCCGUCCUCCGCCGACAGCUCUGAAGCAGUGGACACAGCGGUGAACCAGAAGAACGACCCUCUGCUCAACCUCCUCAAGUCUGUGUAUGUGGAGUCAACAGACCCAGCAGCAGCAGCAGAGGCAUCUAAGGAAGUGACGGCAGGCAAUGAAGCGAACCGGCGGCCGCUGAAGUUCAGUUUACCAGGGGACCAUUACGGCCUGGUGGAUCUCACAGAUGUUCCUAAAGGCAAACUGACCAUCAUUGAGGCCCUGAAGGCCCUGAGCAGCCACCAGCGCCAGCCUCAGACAUGGACGCCGGAAAAGAUCGCUCAAGAAUAUUCUCUAGACUUAAAGGACACCAAAGCUCUUCUAGAGUUCUUCAUUCCCUUCCAGGUUCAGAUUGUACCACCCAAGACUGAAAAUGCCAAGCAGAUUAAGGCUUCUUAGGACUGAACUGUAAGUGAAAGGUAGACAGUAGACAAGAUAUGACCUUACUUAUUUAUACAUCAACGCAUUGCACUGGGAGAGUGACCUGAGUUUCUCAAGCCUGGGGUUUGGACCCAGUGUGAGGUGGAAUCAUUGGAUAUGUCUAAGAUUGAUAUAUUGAUAUAAAGCAAAUAAACAAACUAAAAACGAAUAAAUAAGUACAAAAUAUUUAAUCUUAAACACUGUGUCUUUAUAAUACCUCUGUGAUACUUCUACAACACAAUAGUAUUUAUACUCAAAGUUUAAUGACAUUUUGGGAUCUUGAAAUCGCCAGAGGUCCAAAGAAGGUUGAGAAACCCUGGUUUAAAGGAAUAGUUCAACAUUUUAGGGAAAUCUGUUCAUGAGAUUUUCUUCCAGUUCUGAGAUGAGAAGGAAACAUGUCUGUGUGUUAGGUACAGAGCUGGAGCUAUGAUAUAGUUAGCCUAGCCUAGCUUAGCAUAAAGACUUGCAUGCUCUGGCACAUAAUUUCUUCUAGAGGUAUUGGUAGGCAUAUUCUUUCACCUCAGACAGAAUCGGGCUACCUGUUUAGCCCUGCUUCCAGUCUUUAUGCUAUGCUAAGCUAAGCUAACCACAUGAUAACUCCAGCUCUGCUACUGCACUCAGAUGCACAUAAACAUACUUCCCAAAAUACUGAACCAUUGCUCAAUGGAGUGAAGGCUACAUAGCUUGAAUAUCUGUCCAGCGGAAACAGUAUUUUGCAUAAUACAUAGCCAUUUAUUUCAGUAUGACAAGUAAAACAUCCUUUGUUAGCUGUUGACGUCAGUAUGCUGUGUAUCUGUUAUUAAUUCAUCUGAGCAGUCUGUAGUUUGUUAUAGAGGUUUGUUAAAUCUCUGAUCCAGUCCACUGUAGUACUUGGGUGUUUGCCAUAUAUGUGAGUGUCUGUCUGUCAGUGAGCCUAAAAACCUGUCAUUUACAAGGCAUAUAAUAGCAUCCAGCUAGGGAAGGUGUCCAUCUCAUUACAAGCAAAAAAUAAAACCCAACAUACUGCUAAAUUCCAUAGAUUUUUAUUUUGAAAGAUCACUGAAAACUGUUCAAAAAUAUUCCGUUUAGGUCUGAUAAUUUGUCACAAAACCAAAGAUGACGGUGUGAAUACAUUGCUCGUGUAAAUCCCAGUAACUCUGACCUCAUAAGAUCUAAUGCUGCCCCCAUGUGAAGAGGGACGUAUAACCCGCACCUGUCGUGCCUCGUUCUGUGCCAGGCUGGUCUUUGCCCAUGACUGAACUUCACUGCUGUCCCCUUAUUGUUACCACUGCACAGGCAGUUAAUAGAAGCCAUGUAUUUAAGCUAACAUUGUACAGUCUAAAAAUGAUAGUGUGGCUGAUAUUAGUUUCUCACAGAUAUAUCACUGUUUGUCAGCCAGUAAGUGACAAAAAAAAUUGAGGCACAGGAAGUGUUACCUUUCCACAGCAACUUGUCAUUGUAGGAAAAGCACAGGUGUUCCUUACAUUAAUAAUAGUGCUGGUGUAUUCAUGUGUCCCAGUAAGCUGUGACAUACCUGUGUGUGCCUACGUCACUUCCAUUAGAAGGUCAAAGGGCACUGCCCUUAGUUGUGGUGUUGGUACAGCUGGAGAUAUCAGGGUCAUCAGAAUCCAUCACGUCUCCUUCUAUAGUGCAAAAUGAUGGCCGGUCAUGCAACAUUUUUUCCAACUUGUGAGACCGAAGUUAGAAAACGUUAACCAUGACGUUAAUCAUGACAUCCUGCAUUGAUGAUGUAGUCCUUGUCGGUGAUGCACCAGGACACUUAAGCAUUUACAUUACAAAAGAUGAGGUCAAAUGUGUCUCAGGCCACCUCUGUAAGCAGUUUGAGUGAUCUGUUCACGCUUGUAUUUGGCACUCCCAGCUAAUUUGCCUCCAGUGUUGCAACUGCAAGUUAAUAUCACAGUGAAAUGCACAAAGCACGAAUACAGAAACCUUUGAUUCAACAGUUCAUGAUCAAACAUUAACCGUGCAGUUAUUACUUUGAAUUUAGCUUUUUUUCUUAAAAAAAAUAUUUAGGAGUCAUUUUUGAAACAGCUUACAGAAAGACAGGCAGCCCAUAUCACUGGGUGAUGUGCUGUUUUAUGCCAUUAUUGUGGACAAUUGGAAAUGUAUUUAUCAAUAUGGUUUCAAAUGGCAGCCAGUGCUGGAAUAGCAGGAGCCUCAAGGAAACAUAUUAGGGAAGUAAUGUGUCUCAGCAGUAUGAAGUUUAUGUGUGGGGAAAAUGAACUUGGAAUCUGCACCAAUCCGCUGCAUUAACGCACACUUUUUCAAAAU